AGAUCCAAGACAGCUGAGGUAAGCGGGUUCUGAAGCCCUGUCAAAGGGGAAUCAAUAGAUCAAAAGGUUCAUGGUGACCGGUCAGAGUAAGCUUUAUUUUUUAUUACAGGAGGCUUGUCAGCAUGAAAUAAAAACAAAUUACUCAAGGCAAAGAUUUUUUUUUUCCUUAACUGAGUUUCAGCAAACUUCAAACCCAGACCAGGACUCAACGGUAUAUUGCCUGGACAGCAAGGAACUAUAAUGGCAACCGCAGUCUGUCUCCUCAUCUCGGUGGUAUUCCUUACAGAUUCUGUCUGGACUCGAACUGUGAGACAGGUCUAUGAGGUCCAUGAUCCAGAGGAUUUUAAUGAGCAAGACUUUGAUUGUCCCAGGGAAUGUUUCUGUCCCCCCAGUUUUCCUACUGCUUUAUACUGCGAAAAUCGUGGUCUCAAAGAAAUCCCUGCUAUUCCUUCAAGGAUCUGGUAUCUGUAUCUUGAAAACAACCUUAUAGAAACCAUUCCUGAGAAGCCAUUUGAGAACGCCACCCAGCUGAGAUGGAUCAAUCUAAACAAGAACAAAAUCACCAACGAUGGCAUUGAAAGAGGAGCCCUAAGCCAACUAAAGAAGCUGCUCUUCUUAUUUCUGGAAGAUAAUGAGCUAGAGGAGGUUCCUUCUCCAUUGCCCAGAAGUUUAGAGCAAUUACAAUUAGCUAGAAACAAGGUGUCCAGAAUUCCUCAAGGGACCUUUAGCAAUCUGGAGAACCUGACCCUUCUUGACUUGCAACACAACAAACUCUUAGACAACGCCUUUCAGAGAGACACCUUUAAGGGACUUAAGAACCUCAUGCAGCUAAACAUGGCCAAGAAUGCCCUGAGGAAUAUGCCACCAAGAUUGCCAGCCAACACAAUGCAGCUGUUUUUAGACAACAAUUCCAUUGAGGGAAUACCAGAAAAUUAUUUUAAUGUGAUUCCUAAAGUGGCCUUCUUGAGACUAAACCACAACAAGUUAUCAGAUUCAGGUCUCCCUUCCGGUGGUUUUGAUGUGUCAUCCAUUCUAGAUCUCCAGCUCUCUCACAAUAGGCUCACAACUGUCCCCCGAAUCAACGCUCACCUACAGCACCUGCACCUGGACCAUAACAAAAUCACAAAUGUGAACGUCUCUGUAAUAUGUCCUACCACUUCCACACUGCCUGCAGACCAAGAUUCCUUCAGUUAUGGACCUCAUCUGAGCUACCUUCGUCUGGAUGGAAAUGAAAUCAAACCACCAGUCCCAAUGGAUUUAAUGAAUUGUUUUAGGCUCCUGCAGACUCUCAUUAUUUAAACACAUGUUCAACAAUCUAAAAUUGUUUAAUACACUAAUAUUUCUGACAAGAUAUUUGGAUAACAUUCAUAGGUGUAAAACAAAAAUUCAUUUCCAAAUGCUCUAGGCCACCAUUUUUAUCUGUGCAGUUUAGUUUUUCUAUUCAAAGAGGCUUCUUUCACAGUAAAAUAGACUACCUUUUUUUUUUUUAAAGAGAGAGAGGGAGAGAGAAAAAGAGGAAGAGGGAGAGAGAGAAACAUCCCAGAGAAAAACAUGCAUCAGUUGCCUCCUGUACAUGCCCCAACCAAGAAUUAAAUCUGCAACUUGGGUAUAUGCCCUGAUUGGGAAUCUAACCCACAACCUUUAGGUAUAUGGGACGAUCUCCAGCCAAUUGAGCCAUCUGGCAAAUUUUAGUAAAUAAAACAGACACAGAGUUAAGUAAUUAACUCAAAGAUAAUUUUUGUCUCUUUCACAAUUUAUUAAUACCAUAUGCAAUUGUAUUGUUUUGCCAUAAAAAGAACAUAUUUCUUUGCAUAUGUUCAAAAUUGCUUAUUCAGAUACUAUAUUUACAGUAGAAGUAUAACAACCUAAUAGGAGGUAGGACGAUCUGUAGAAAAU